GGAAGUGGCCGAGCGCGGCCGGAAGUGGCGGAGCGCGGGCGGAGGCGCGCGGCCUGAGGGCGGCCGUGAGGAGCGGGAGGCACCGGGAGGCUCCGGGACGCACCGGGAAGCUCCGGGAAGGCUCCGGGCGGGACCGGGAAGGCUCCGGGAGGGCCCCGGAAGAGCCGCCGCCAUGUCCGACUUCGACGAGUUCGAGCGGCAGCUGAACGAGAACAAACAAGAGCGGGACAAGGAGAACCGGCACCGGAAGCGCUCCCACAGCCGCUCCCGCAGCCGCGACCGCAAACGGCGCAGCCGCUCCCGAGAGCGCCGCACCCGCGACCAGCGCAGCGUGUCCCGCGACCGGAGACGGCGACGGUCCCCCCUGAGCCUCUCGGGCCCCCUGAGCCGCUCCCCCCGGCACGAGAAGAAGAAGAAAAUUCGGAAAUAUUGGGACGUGCCCCCCCCCGGCUUCGAGCACAUCACCCCCAUGCAGUACAAGGCCAUGCAGGCGGCGGGGCAGAUCCCGGCCACGGCGCUGCUGCCCACCAUGACCCCCGACGGGCUGGCGGUGACGCCCACGCCGGUGCCCGUGGUGGGCAGCCAGAUGACGCGGCAGGCGCGGCGCCUCUACGUGGGCAACAUCCCCUUCGGCAUCACCGAGGAGGCGAUGAUGGAUUUCUUCAACGCCCAAAUGCCUGGGGGGCUGACCCAGGCCCCCGGGAACCCCGUCCUGGCCGUGCAGAUCAACCAGGACAAGAACUUCGCCUUCCUCGAGUUCCGCUCGGUGGAUGAGACGACGCAGGCCAUGGCCUUCGACGGGAUCAUCUUCCAGGGGCAGUCGCUGAAGAUCCGGCGGCCCCACGACUACCAACCCCUGCCCGGCAUGUCCGAGAACCCCUCGGUCUAUGUGCCCGGUGUUGUCUCCACGGUGGUUCCGGACUCCGCCCACAAACUCUUCAUUGGGGGUCUCCCCAAUUACCUGAACGACGACCAGGUGAAGGAGCUGCUGACGUCCUUCGGGCCCCUCAAGGCCUUUAACCUGGUCAAGGACAGCGCCACGGGGCUGAGCAAAGGCUACGCCUUCUGCGAGUACGUGGACAUCAACGUCACCGACCAGGCCAUCGCGGGGCUGAACGGGAUGCAGCUCGGGGACAAGAAGCUGCUGGUGCAGCGGGCGAGCGUCGGGGCCAAGAACGCCACCCUGAGCACCAUCAACCAGACGCCGGUGACGCUGCAGGUGCCGGGGCUGAUGAGCUCGCAGGUGCAGAUGGGCGGGCACCCCACCGAGGUGCUGUGCCUGCUCAACAUGGUGCUGCCCGAGGAGCUGCUGGACGACGACGAGUACGAGGAGAUCGUCGAGGACGUGCGCGACGAGUGCGGCAAGUACGGCACCGUCAAGUCCAUCGAGAUCCCGCGGCCCGUCGACGGCGUCGAGGUCCCGGGCUGCGGAAAGAUUUUCGUGGAGUUCACCUCGGUGUUCGACUGCCAGAAGGCCAUGCAGGGCCUGACCGGCCGCAAGUUCGCCAACCGCGUGGUGGUCACCAAGUUCUGCGACCCCGACUCCUACCACCGCCGCGACUUCUGGUAGCUUCCAGUCAGCGCGGGCCCACUUCCGGUCAGCGCGGGCCUACUUCCGGUCAACACCGGCCUACUUCCGGUCAACACCGGCCUAAUUCCGGUCAACACAGGCCUAAUUCCGGUUGCUACCCUCCGCUUCCGGUCGCUACCUUCCGCUUCCGGUUGCCACUUUCCGUUUCCGGUCUCCACCUUCCGCUUCCGGGGUGGCCGGGGCCGCGCCCCUCCCCCUCCUUUUCCCAAAUUCCCGAGUUUUGGCCCCAAAUUCGCCCCGCGCUGGUUCCUCCUCGUAGCUCCCGCCCCUCCCCCACCCCCGACCCUCCCCCACCCCGAUUAAAGGAGUUUUUUCCAG